AUGGCCACCGGCGUCUCCGAGCAGGAGACGGAGGACUACCUGUUGUGGGUACUGUCGGACUCGAACCUUCCUACGGGCGGAUUCAUCGCGUCGGCAGGACUCGAGUCGUACUACUCACACGGCUUCCUCACCAAGGAUCAGAAAAGCGGCGCGCCGCACCAGCAGGCGCUCGUCGAACGCACCGUCGCGUUUGUCGAUCAUUCACUUACCAACUACGUGAGCAGCGUGCUCCCGUACGUCCACGCAGCGUACCGUGUCGCACAGCACCACCUCCGGACGCCCGACAGCAACCUCGAGGGCGCCUUGCAGGCGCUGGCAUGGCUCGACUGGCAGCACCACACGCUCCUGCUGAAUCAUGUAUCGCGUCGCGCAUCCAUGAUCCAGGGCAUCGCGCUCCUUUCGCUCUACUCCAAGUCCUUUGCCCAGCCGGCCGUGUACGGCGCGCCGAUGCCAGGCGGAAACGAGCGCGCAAAUAAGCUCAUCGAGCGGCUCCGCAUGCAUGCACGCCGCGGCAGCGCGCGGCUAGGCAGCGGCGUGCGCGCGCUGGACGCGGAGCGCGGCGAGCUCGCAGGGCACCUUCCAAUCUGCGCCGGGGUCUUUUCUGCAUGCGUCGGUCUGUCGCUGGACCGCGCGCUGCGCCAAAACCUGUUUCUGCAGGCGCGCAACAUCAUGUCGUGCUCGAUCAGACUGAAUACGAUCGGACCGUACAUGGCGCAUCAGCUCCUUGCGUUUCAGCUGCGGACGCUCGUCGCCGCGCACCUCGCGCGGCUCGAGCGCGCGGCCGGCGAGCGCCUCGGAGAGCAGGCAUGGCACCGAGCGGCGCCGCGGUCCGCUGCGACGUCCGUCCAGGAAGUCGAGGACGAGGCGUGGGACUGGGACUGGGACGACGCGGACCGCGCCCAGCGCGGCUUUCCAACCACGUCCUGGCCGCUCGGCGAGAUCGUACAGGCACGGCACGAUCAACUGCACUCGCGUCUGUUCAAUAGUUAA